AGCAAAACGGAGGAAGCCCGCAAGAUCGUGCUUCUACAGAUGGCUGAUAUCGCGUGGCCCGGAAGUCAGCACCCGGAUCCAACUUGGACUGCUAUGUGGCAGGCAGAAAUCUGUAGAGCCGGGAACAAAAUGAGAGCGCUAAAUUACAGGCUAGUACACUCGAUUGGUGGAUCAGUCUUCGCUGGAGGAUGA